CUUCUCUGUGAAUGUUAUGGUGUUCUUUCACCAUGUCAGCAGAGUCUGGUGCCCAUAUACACAAUACAAGGCCUUGAACACAGUCUGCCACAGCUGGGCAUCACAUGAAGAGACAGCAGUCUGACUUUUUAGCUUUCAACGAGUUGUCAGAAAAGCGCUACGUGCUGCUAAAUGGUGAAGAAAACCCACAUUGUUUGUGUGUCCUUUACUUUCCAGAGCACCUCCUGGAAAAUCUGUCCCAGAUUCAACACACAAGACCUACCUUAUUAGGGGAAAACACCCUUAAAUAUUCUGCAUAUUCUUAACUCUUUGACGCCACGAUGGAUCAAGCCAGGACAACAAUAUCAAAAAUUUUCAAUGGGGAGCCACGAUCAUACACUCGCUUUAACCUGACCCAAAACAUGGAGGGUGACAACAGCCAAGUGGAGAUGAAGCUCUCCUCUGAUAUGGAAGAAGAUAUGGAGGCUAAUGGAGUUGGAAGAAACACAAACCAACAAAAUGGUCCAUAUUACCCCAGCAAGCUAAGCUGGCGCUCCUCUAAAAGCAUUUGCAUCUCUGUCAUUGCCAUUCUGGUCCUCUUUAUUAUUGGAUACCUCAUUGGUUAUCUGUCUAAUAGAAGCACAGACAAACCAGUAAUAAACCAUACAAAUUGUCCGGAUGAUGAGAACAUUAUUCCAGAUCCGGUUUAUUCUUUGGACUGGAGUGAUCUUAGAGCUUUGCUGAAGAAAAAACUGACAACCUCCAACAUUGAGAGCAACCUCAAGGAAUUCUCUAGUUACAGUCAUCAGGCAGGAACAGCUGGAGAUGAGGCACUCGCUAAUAAAGUCAUGGGAAAGUUCAAAGCUUUAGGAAUGAGUCCCUGGACCGAUGAGCACUACGUUAAAGUCCAAGAUCCUGGUCUCUCAUAUAACAGAGUGCUGUUCCGUGAUAACGUUGUGGGAACAACCGAGAGCUAUUUGGCGUACAGUGCAAAUGGUACAGUGAAGGGUCUAGCUCUGUAUGCUUAUUAUGGGCGAGCUGAUGACUUCAGGCAUCUACAAGACAAGAACAUUGAUGUGAAUGGAAAGGUUAUCUUGGUUAGAGCUGGACUACUAAGUUUUGCUGAAAAGGUUGCUAAUGCUGCCGUCUUGAAUGCUAGUGCUGUGCUAAUCUAUCCAGAUCCUCUGGACUACAAAAUUAAAGAUGACACCGCUCUUUUUGGUCAUGUUCAUCUGGGCACUGGUGAUCCCUACACUCCUGGAUUCCCUUCCUUCAAUCAUACCCAGUUUCCGCCAGCUCAGUCUUCUGGUCUUCCCAGCAUUCUGGCCCAGACUAUCACUGCAAAGCAGGCUGCUGAGAUUAUGAGGCAGUUAGGUGGUCAGAAGUCUCCUCGGGGCUGGAGUGAUGGAAUGCUUCGGGAUGUCCCAUACCAGCUUGGUGAUAAGGAAAAUAUCACGGUGGAAGUGAACAAUGUUCUUACCCAGAAGAAAAUCCACAAUGUGUUUGGAGUCAUUAAAGGAUAUGUAGAUGCAGACCGUUAUAUUGUGAUUGGAGCCCAGAGAGAUGCCUGGGGGCCUGGAUUUGCCAAAAGCACAGUUGGCACUAGUUUGUUGGUGGAGUUGGCCAAAACGAUCUCCGACAUGAUCAAGAAUGAUGGAUUUAGGCCAAGAAGGAGCAUAGUGUUUGCUAGCUGGAGUGCUGGUGAAUUUGGGAGCAUUGGUGCCACCGAGUGGUUGGAGGGCUACCUGGCCUCCUUGAAUAUGAAAGCAUUUUCUUUUAUCAACCUCGAUGGAAUUGUUUCAGGCUCUGAAACUUUCAAAGUGUCUGCCAGUCCACUUCUGUACGAGUUAAUUGAGAGUACUAUGAAACAGGUCUCCUCUCCAACUGCAACCAAAACUUUGCAUGAACAGUUUGCUGGAUCCAGUUGGGAGAAGUCUGUAAUGGAGCCCAUAGGUUUGUCUGACACUGCCUAUCCAUUCCAGACGUUCUCUGGCAUUCCGUCAUUCUCGUUUCGAUUUACUUUGAGUUCAAAGGCGUACCCAUUUGGCACUAUUGAGGAUACCUAUGAAAAUCUGCAGCAGUACACUUCCUACAAUACUCCCAAACUGGUCAAGGCAGCAGGUGAGGUUGCCGGGCUGGUUGCUCUUCGGCUGGUACAUGACCACUUGCUAAAGCUGAGUGCUGUGAAAUAUACCAGUGUCAUCCGUGACUAUGUGUCCCAGAUCAGCUCUAAACUUCAAAAAGUCCACAGCUCUGGACGCCUUUUGGAAACGUUGACAAUUCAGUGGCUUCUGUCAGCUCUGGGCUCGUACGAUCGUGCUGCCAGUGCUCUUGCUUCCACUGUUCGGAACAGUGAUCUUGAAGACAUGGAACAGUGUCGCAUCAUCAACAACCGCAUUAUGAGGGUGGAAGGGAGUCUGCUCUCUCCCUUCGUAUCUCCGCGAGAGAGUCCGUUCCGGCACAUUCUUCUCGGCUCCGGCUCGCACACACUAGCAGCUCUAGUGGAUCACCUUGACUCUAUUAACCAAGGCCUCGAAUCUGCGGACUUUGACCAACUCAGGAACAUGUUUGCUUUGGCCACCUGGACCAUCCAAGGCUGUGCCAACUCACUUGCAGGGGAGAUAUGGGAAUUGGAUAAUGAAAUUUAGGCAAACAAAUCCAGCUCGCUGCUUUUAUGUGCUGACUCUGAACCAUCCCUCUGUACAAAAAUAAGAUGAAUGUAGAGAAUCCCAUAAUUGGUGCUCCAUUAACAUAAAUCUAUGAUUACAGGUUUACCUCCGUAUUUUUCAGUGAGACCGCAGUCAAAUUUAUAUUUAAGUUUUAGUAUGUGGGAUCAUGCGUUUUUUUUUUUUUUUAAAUUUUAAAUGAUACUCUUGUUACAAAUUUGGAAUGUAUUAUUUUUGUUUGACAUAUUAAGACAUAGUAAUUAAUUUCCUAAAAUAAGUAAUACCUGAACAUGAGUGAGCAUGAAAAUAAGGUGGAUCAUUUAUUUAUAAAGGCAAGAACUAGUCAGACCAUCAGUCAUUGUCAUUUUAAUGUCUGAAACCUAACUUAGCUGUGGAGUUCAGUACUCGUAAAACACAAUUCAAUGGGUCAAUUACAUUUUUCGGUUGGAUGGUCUUUAUUUUGGGUAAAUGUCUAUUUUCAGAACAAUUCUGACAAAUGAUCCAAGAUCUGAGUGUGGCUCUGAAAUCUCUUGUUUAUUUGUAUAUUUUUUUAUUUAUCAGGGACAGAGAUCACUAUAAGUAUUAUUUUGUAAUGCCUUUUUUUAACAAAUGUAUAAUUAUCAGAAGCAGUGCCUUCCAUAAUUAUGACAGUUAUAUUGUUGAAAUGUGAAAGCAGCAUCUGCUAUGGAGAUAACCUUGUUUUCAAAAGCUAUGACCAGAGACGUACGCGUACAUGGUACAUCCAUCAGAUUACAUAUGUCUCUGGCAUCGUCCUUUUGAAAUCAUGUUACAGUAUACCUGAUCCAUAAUCAUUAUCGGGAGCAGUGUCUUCCAUAAUGCGAAGAAAAUUAAGGUAGUUUUUGCCUACCGAUGUGUUGAUAUCGAGGGCAGUGCCCCUCAUAUUUCACUGUGGUGUGGAUGUAAUAAUCGGGAACAGUGUUUCCUAUGAUGAUGAACAAAUGAUCUGUAUUCACACGCUUAACAUGCUAGAUAUCUUUUAUGAUUCAUGUACGCUAUUGUAUGCUUCUCAUGAACAAUUAAGUGCUGAUACCUGGGAAUCAGGAGAAGAGAUUGCAAACUAGAAACAUGUACUCUGUAAGUCUUUGAUUGGUUUCUGUAAUUGAGUCUGCUUUGUUCUUUGGUUUCCAUAUUUCUUGUGUUUUAAUUACACAUUUGUUUCUUUUAGAUUGUGAUUAGGCUUUUAAAAUACAGUACUUUUUCUUUUCUCUGUGUGUAUUUGAUUCCACUUUUGCAAUUUCCACAACCAGCAACUCAAACUGAGAUUAAAUAAUAAAAAUAAGCAGGUAACUGGUUUUAAUAUUCAACUUUUGAUAACAGUAUCAUCAUAUUUGUCAAAAUAAAUAUCAAUUUAAUUGCAUGUGGAAUAUGUUUAUGCACUGACAAAAGAACAAAGAUUUAAAGAUGUCUUGUCUGGACAGAACAUGUAGAUUAAAGGUUAUUCUAAGAAAAAAGUAUAUAGGUUAGGAAUUACAGUUUCAUGAUGUACUGGCCAUGCAUAAUUUUAGCCUUGCAUUCAGUGCACUUGCAAUGUCUAGUUUUGUUGUGAACUUGGUUUAUAACAUCACUCAAGCACUAGUUCUCAGUUUUCUACAAGUGAUUAAUAAAAAUU